CAGAACAUGUAUUGUAUUAUUGUACUAUCAGCAAUUAAUUUAAUUGAGUGGAAAAAUAGUAAUUUGCAGAAAUUAGUAAUGGCUGCUGAUUGGGGUCCAGUGGUGAUAUCAGUGGUGCUGUUUGUGCUACUAAGUCCAGGGCUAUUGUUUCAGCUCCCUGCUAAGGGAAGGGUAGUAGCAUUUGGAAGCAUGCAAACUAGUGGUAUCUCUAUUUUGGUUCACACCAUCAUUUUCUUUGGACUCAUCACCAUUUUUCUACUUGCUAUUGGUAUCCAUAUAUACUCCGGAUAAUCAAAAUGUAUUCUACAAUUAUUAAUUGCUUUUUCUCUUCUGUUUCAUUUAUUUCUGUUGUACCACUAUUAAUUGAUGACUUUCUUCUUUUAUUUCUCUUGCUUAUUAUAUAUAUAUUUAUUAAUAAUUAA